AUGAAAUUCUCUACUGCUCUAGUCGCCGCCGUCGUUCCAGCCGUUGCCAUGGCGCAAUUCGCCAAUGUCACCUCAUCGUCGGCCACAAGUGAAUUGCCAACUUUGGGUCCAAAUGGCACCCAGAUCACCUCUUUGCCAACGAGUGUGCCACCAACCAUCGGUCCAAACGGCACCCAGAUCACCUCUUUGCCAACGAGUGUGCCACCAACCAUCGGUCCAAACGGCACUCAGAUUACGACCUCUUUGCCAACCGGCCCAGGUGGAUACAACUCUACCAACUACAUCACCACGACCGAGGUUGUUACGGAGUACACCACCUACUGUCCAUACCCAACCACCUUCACUGAGAAUGACGUGACCUACACCGUGACUGCUCCAACUACUUUGACUAUCACCGACUGUCCAUGUACCAUCACCACGGUCAUCCCAUCUCCAACUUUGUCUCCAGAACCAAGCUCUGCAACCACUUCUUCCAGCCAAACUAUUCAACCAGCUCCAAAUGCUGGUAACAACAUGGUCGUUCCAUCUAUCAUGGGUGUCGCUGGUGUCGCUUGGUUAUUGCUAUAA